AUGGCACGUCAAAUCAUUGUUCUUGCCCUUAUCUUCGUCGCAGUUGUCGGCUCAGUCGUUUCUGCAGCCCAAAGCCCAGCUUCUGCUCCAUCAAAAUCUGAAUCACCAAAAAUUGCACCAACAGCAUCAGAAGUUGCACCAGUCUCAUCACCAUCCAGCGACAGCGAAGAUGUAGCCGCCACCCCAUCAGCCAGUCCUAAAUCCUCCGCCGAAGCCCCAAUUCAGAAAUCUCCAUCUCCCAGAUCAUCCAUCUCACUCGCACCAUCUGAUGCUCCAUCUGGUUCAUCUGACCUGAGAUCUCCACCUGCACCCACACCUGAGGCUUCCGGACCUACCGCUGAUGCACCUACUACUACCGCUGAUGCUCCUGCCCCCUCAAAGCAGAGAAACGGUGCUAGUGGUUUGACAUACUCUGCUGUCGUCGGUGUGGGGGAAUCUUCUACGACACAUAUAGAUGAAUCUAUGUAUGAUAAUCUACAAAAUCGUGAUGAAAUGGAUUAUAUGCAUGAUCCUCACUUUUAUUUUCCUCAAACUCAAGAUGUCUACAUAAAUGAUGAAUCUUUUGAGCCAAAUGAAGUAUCGAAUGACCAAGAAAAAGAACUGGGAGCUGAAAAUAAUCAGAUUGUAUUGGCGUUAAAUGAUCAUCCUGAAGAUCACAGUGUUAGGGGGCCUGAUACUUCUGUGAAUUAUGCUAAUGGUUUGGCAUAUUAA